AUGGAGGUUCAAAAUGAGGAUCCGAACGAGCGUCGAAAAUGUAAAACAAACACCAUAUUCUUGUUGGCGACCAUAAUAGUAGUAAUAAUGCUUAUUGCUAUAUGUAGAAUGCCAGCAGCAGUUGAUAAACCAACCGGCAAGUAUAAACCGGGAAUGAAAACUUCAUUCAACGUCUUUUUGGUCUUCGCCUUUAUCGCACUGCUUACAUCCAUAGGAAUCAUGGUGGCUGAGUUUAUUGCGAAUAUAAAUAGGAUGAUGAAGCUUCAAACAAUCAUAGAUAAAAUCAUCGUGGUGCCCGUCUUGUCCAUGAUAGCAGCUGGUGUAGCCGCUGUAGUGACCAUUUAUCGUUAG